AUGAAAUCAACUGAAUCCUUAUGGUUUUCCCUUACAGGUUAUUUUUUCAUCUCCGGCUGCGAAUAUGCAUUAAUUUUACCAACAAUCAACUCCUAUCUCGUCUUUCUCGGCGCCCCAAGCUACUUUCUUGGUCUUGUUUUUGGAGCAUUUUUCUUUUCCGGUCUCACUUUUGCGCCAAUAUUUGGAGCAAUUACAGAUAGAUUACAGAAUUCGAAGUGGCCAGCUGUCUUUGGAAUUCUUUGUGCUAUUGGAGGGAAUAUUGUUUAUAUUUCAGCGAAAAAUGCGAAAUGGCUUAUUCUGGCCCGAUUCAUCUCCGGCGCUGGUUUUUCCCUCGACGGCUCAUUCAUGGGCGCUCUUAGUCGACUUUACCCGCCAUCAAAAAAAGCAAAAAUCUUCGCCCUCUGCCUUCUUCUUCGUCAAACUGGAGUCACUUUCGCGCCUGGGCUCAUCGUUUUCCUGCAAAAAAUCAGCUUUCGUUUUCUCUGGACGGAUGUCAAUCGCUACUCAGCGUCUGGUUUUAUUAUGGCGUGUUCGUGGAGCUUGUUUUUUAUGAUGUUUUUGAUCUUUUUCGAUGAACCAAAAGCUGAAGAAAAUAGUGAAGAAAGUCUUGAACUUGAAAAUAAAGUGAAGGGAAUGUUGCCAGAUCAGAUUCUUGAGAAUCCUCAAACGAUUCCAACUCUAGAUUCGUCUGAAAUGAUGGCUGAAACAAUUCUGAAUUUCACAGAAACGCCUUCACAAGAAAAUGUCGCCUCAUGCUCAGCUGUUGGAAAGAAAAGAAAGCGACAAACGAUCGACUACAGCGAAGAAAUUGAUGAUGACGACUUUAGAAAAGACAGAGACUACUAUUUGAGGAAAAACAACCCGAGACUUCCACCAACGACUCGUUUCAAUCAUUUGAUCGAGCUUGCAUCGCAGUCCGUUCCUUCGGUUCAUUUCAACAGCACGAACAAAUUCAAAGAGCACAGAAUCUUUUCGAAACCAGUUGAAGGCGAAACUCGACGACCUGUCGCCAAAUCAACCCUCUACAAAUUGCGUCCAAACCUUCUCCUAGCAACUUUCGUGCAGCUUGAAGAAUUUGUUAAGAACGCCGAGCGCCUGACACUCGCUACUGACGGGACAACCUCAAAAUCAAAUCGUCAAUGCAUGAACGUCGUAUUCAUCAACGAAGAAAGGGAAAAGCUGCUGUUCAUGAUCGUUGAGCUUUUCGGUGGAACAGCUGAAGAAAUCUUCACAGCCGUCACUCUUUCUAUCGACACACUGUCAUUUUCUGAUGAGAUCUGGAAGAAAACCGACUCAAUUCUCACAGACACCUGCCGUGCGCAAGAAGCUGCAAACAUGCAGAUAAUUGAAUUCAUCGACAAGAAGAGGAACUCCGAGAUUCCAGUGCAGUGGAUCUGGUGUGCUCUGCAUACGGCUGGGAACAUCGAUCGAUACGGCCGGCAAGGACUUUCUGCUUUAGCGAAUGAUAUUUUCACUUGCUUGAAAAUUCUUUUUGGCUCAAGCAAAAUCAGCGGCCAUCAUCGCGAAGAUCUCAAGAAUGAGCUCGACGAAGUGCGUGUAGAACUUGGCGACAAAUCUACAAAGAAAGCCUACUGCACCGACAUGGGUUCACGAAUCGGCUCUUCCAAGAAGAAUGCCGAGGGCCUUAUGCUUUACUGGGAGGCAACUGUCAAGACCAUCAGCAAAUACUCCGACCGCAAACGAGCAAAGGAACUUCUCCCACUCCUCCAAGAUAAACAACUAGCUAUUCUGAGCACAUCUCUGACACCUCUGAUUUGGGCUUCGUACUCAGGUCUUAUUCUCAGGGCAUCAGAGAAUGAAGAAAGCACGAUCGAAGAUGUCUGCAUUCAAAUGAAAUCCUGCCUCGAUUCUUUGGAGAAAAUUCUCGAAUCCAAACAGCCUUACGACGAUCUUUUUGAUGGAGUUCUGGAAAAUUACGAAGACUCAGAAUAUUUCCUGAAACUUCGAGAAUUCAAAGAGAUGCCAAGGGAUGCUAAACUUCGGGACGACCUGAAUGAGACGAUUCGACAGUGCCUUACAGAAGCAAAGAAAAAGUUGCAGAAAGAUUACAACCAGAUGAAAUCACUUCGACUUUCUGGCAAAUAUGAGACGUCUAAUCGCUUUUGCGAGAGUGUCUUUGCCACCCUGAAGUACAAGGAACAAACGAGCACUGGUUCCGCGCUCGCAAACAUUGCCGACCAAACUGUUGUUCAAGUUAACAAGCUGGGCAACUACCUGAGGAGAAUGAAAAAGAAACAGCGGGACGAGCUUUUGGAUAGAAUCGACAACUCGAACGAAGUCAAAACUACUCUGGAGGUUCGAAAGACGCUGAAAGAACGAUUUCGCAAGAAAAGGGAGGAAAUUCUAAAGAAAAGGGACGAAACAAAGAAGAUCAAAAUUGAACACCAUCUCGAACUAAAAGAAGAAAAAGCCUCAGAAUACGAAAAUGAAAAGGGCGAAAAGUACGAGCUUCGAAGAAUUAAAGAAGACGACUCAAUUCUCAAGGAACCAAUCAUCAUCGGAAUUUUCUCGUGCUUCUGCGCCUUUUCAGCAAAUGUGAGUCCUCCAUGA